AUGGCGUCUGAGAAGCUGAGGAGAGAGAAUGUUACUGAUGAACGUAACAUUGAGGUGGAGAAAGAUAGAGUGCCUAAGAUGACUACCCAUUUUGAGUCUCUCGCUGUGAAAGCAAAAGGCGAUGAGGUACCAGUUCUGCAUGGUGGAGCAGCUGAGAGAGAGACUCCGACCGUGAAAGCCACAGUCCAUGAGGUUCCAGUUCAUGGUGGAGAAGCGAGAGGCGGAAGAGUACAUGAAGAAAAACCGCACGAGUUUGAUUCUCUUGCUGGCCAAGUUGGAGGCCAUGUGGGUUCUGGUAUGUCGGCAGGGCGUGAAUACAACAAAGAAGGGACUGAAAUGGAGAAAAGUGGUGCUCAAGUGCGAACCGCAAGAGAAGGCGGUGAUCGGGAAAGGGAUGAAAUGGAGGAAAAAGCUGGCAGUGGUGGGGGUGGUCGCGGCGAGGGAAGACAGGAGGCUUCACUGGAGGAGAUUUCAAACAUGAGAUCAAAGGCACAGCAGAACUCUAUGGAGGCGAUUAGAGCCGCUGAGGAGCGGUACGAGAAGGCGAAAGAAUUAGGCGAGACGGCAUUGCAGAAGGCAAAAGAGUCUCCAAGCCAAGCAAAAGAUACUUCUCUUCAAGGGAUUCAAUAUGCAGCCAAUAAGGGUGGAGCUUUAAAGGACACUGCCCUUGAAAAGGGCCAACAAGGGUAUAUCACUGCCAAAGACACCUUAGCAAGUUCAGGCAAGACAGCAGCAGACUAUACUAUGCAAGCGAAGGAUGUAGUUGCAGCAAAGGGCCAAACUACUGCUCAAUAUGUAGCGGAAAAAGCCAAGGAAGCCAAGGAUGCUACAGUCGAUAAAGCAGCUGCCGCAAAAGAUGUCACUGUGGAAACCGGCAAAGGUACUGCAGGGUAUGUAGGGAAGGUAGCUGGGGCAGUGAAGGAAAAGGCGGUGGUGGCUGGCUGGGGCGCUGCACACCUUACAGCGGGAGUGGCGGCUGAGUCCACUAAAAAAGUGGCUGGUGUUACUUCCAGUGUUGCAGGAUUCACAGGCGAGAAGGUUGCAGGUGCUACACAUACUGUGGUUGGCUAUGCAAGUGAGAAACUGGCUGCUGCUAAGGAUGUGGUGGUCUCAACUGAAGAGAAAGCGGCCGAGUAUGCAGCUCGGAAGAAGGCGGAGGCCCAGCAGGCGGCAAAUGAAUCACAUCAAGAGGAGGGCGAAAGGGGGAGCAUGGAGAAGCACGACCGAGAAGGUGAGCAAAAGCAAGGAGAAUCUCGACCCUCCGAGAAAAAUCAGGAGUACUUCCAGGGGCAAAACCAAACAGAAUCUCAACCUCCUGAAAAAAGCCAGGGGUACUUCCAGCCCGAGGGUGAAGCAGGAAGAGGAAGAGGACAUACGCAACAAAAAGCAGGUAGUUACCUGCAAGACAUUGCCGAAACUAUAGUCGAAAUUGGCCAAACAACAAAGGAUCUUCUCGUUGGCCAUAGCCCGACCCGACCCAGAGGCAACACUGACGAAGCCAAAGAAGUAGAGGAGCCUAAUCGAGGGGCUGGUGAGGGCAUUUAA